AUGGCUGUACAUAGUGUUGAUCGUAAUGUUGGCGCAGCACCAGAAGCAAUUCUAGAGAACGUAUGGGCCAGCUUUAUUGGUGUUGAUGGAGGAAAUGAAGGAACAAGCGACACAACAAACAUGUCAAAAGCCUGGGAAGAACUACCAAGUCUUGAUGGAAGAGAAGGAUCAUUAGAAGUUCUUCAAAGGCUACCAAGUCUGGGUAGGUGGAUGUCAAUGGGAGCUGAGGCCUGGGAAGAGCUUCUCGACACUUGCGGUAUUCCUUCUUGUCAUAUUGAGAAGUCUUGCGGUGACAAAUUACAGGGAAAUGAGGCUGCCAAACUAGCCAUGGAAGAGAUGGUUGAGAGAGUAGAGAAAGUGGCAACAAAGCAUUAUCGUGGAGUUAGGAGAAGGCCAUGGGGAAAGUAUGCAGCAGAAAUCAGAGACUCGUCAAGAAAAGGAGCUAGAGUUUGGCUUGGGACUUUCGAGACUGCUGAGGAGGCAGCUUUGGCGUAUGACAAAGCUGCUUUGAGAAUCAGAGGUACAAAAGCACAUCUUAACUUCCCUUUUGAAAGAGUUGCAAAGGCUGUUGGACUUGAGAAUUGCAGCCUCAACAAUAUUUGUUCCCCUACAACUUCUCACAAUGGUUUGAAUCCUCUCAAGAGAGGAGUGCGAGAGUGGGAAGAAAAUGUUGAGGUAAUGACUACAAAAUCUGCAUCAAAACGAAACGUAAGCAUGGAAAAAAUGUUCAAAGAUGAGUUUGAUGUGUUUGAGUUCCAAGACCUGGGAAGUGACUACUUGGACAGUUUGCUCUCUUCAUUUUGA